AUGGGUACUCCAUCGGGAAAGAGGCCUAUACAGUACGUUGACGUGAGCCUUGAUGAGGUGCAUGAAGUUGGCCCCUCGGCUCCUCCGAAAUAUCCACGUAUCUCUGGCCAGCGGUUCGGUCAGGAUACAACUUUCGUUCCUCUCACCCAUGCAUCGCACGUUUCUCUGGACGAUGAAGAAGAUGCUGAAGCUGCAGACUUGAUACCAGCAACUCAAGAUGGUGGCGACGCGGAUUCUGCACAGUUGCAUUACGGUGACGUGAAUACGAAGAUUGUGGGUGUUCGCUACUAUAGAGGACAGGCCACGAUUGGAGAGCACGUCGUCCUGAAAAGAGAGCCGCGGAAUCAAUACGACAGGAAUGCCAUUCGUGUCGACAACGUCAUGGGAGCGCAGAUUGGCCAUAUUCCGAGGAAUAUGGCUGCAAAGCUCGCGGGUUAUAUGGACAAUAAACUGUUGGAAGUUGAGGGUAUAUUGACCGGAGUUAUUGGCGCGUACGACUGCCCAAUCGUGUUGAGGUUGUAUGGCCCGAGUGAGACCGAGAAGCGAGAAGCCUUGAAACGCAAAAUGGAACAAGACAAGCUACCACUCAGUCAUCUCAAACAAGCCGAGCGUGAAGCGAAGAAGCAAGAAAAAGAGCGCGAGAAGGCUGCGAAAGAAGCUGCUAAGAAAGCUCGAACGGGCCAGCUCCUGGGGGCUGCAGCUAAACUGGGCUAUUCUGCCCUUUCCCGGCCAUUCGGAGAUGAAGUUAUUGGAGAAGAGAGCAUGCAGGAGCUUAUCAGCCAAAGCAGUACAUUUAACCCUCGAGAGAUCGGCCAGGUGGCUGAGAGCUUCGGGCUCAAGGAGUCUGACCUUGAGAAUAUGCCUUUGGCGGACAACCCUCCACCCCUUUCCACGACCCUUCUGCCAUAUCAACGUCAAGGCCUGGCAUGGAUGAUCAACAAGGAAAACCCACAGCUGCCAACAGGCGCCGACGACGUGGUGCAGCUAUGGAAGAAGCAAGGCAACAAGUUUACCAAUAUUGCCACAAACUUUUCUACUCCCAUACCACCGCCUCUUGCUAGGGGAGGCAUCCUAGCUGACGACAUGGGCUUAGGCAAAACAAUCCAAAUCAUCUCUUUGAUCUUAUCAAACAAUGAACCCAAAGAAGAAGGCUCCUCCAAAGCUACUCUGAUUGUGUCUCCUGUAGGUGUGAUGAGCAAUUGGAGAAACCAGAUCCAAGACCACACUCAUCCGGACCAGACUCCGCGUGUUCUUAUCUACCAUGGAGCGGGAAAAAAAGAGGCUGCGAAGCUCGGCGAGUACGAUGUGGUGGUCACAAGUUACGGCGCUCUUGCAAUGGAGUACAAGCCUGAGAGCAAGGCUACCCCAUCAAAGGGCCUGUUUUCGCUGAAGUGGCGCCGGGUAGUUCUCGACGAGGGCCAUACAAUUCGCAAUCCACGUUCGAAAGGCUCUUCGGCGGCCUGUGCCCUACUAGCUGAGUCUCGUUGGACAUUGACCGGAACACCCAUCAUAAACACUCUCAAAGAUCUCUACUCUCAAAUCCGCUUCCUAAAGCUUACCGGCGGACUUGAAGAGUUUCCCGUGUUUAGCAGCGUGCUUAUUAGACCUCUCAUGUCUGAUGAUCCGGACUCACGGCUGCUGCUCCAGGCGUUAAUGAGUACCAUCUGUCUACGCCGCAGGAAAGAUAUGAGUUUCGUGAACUUGCGCCUGCCGUCGCUCACAUCUCGAGUCCUACGCAUCAAGUUCCAUGCCCAUGAGCAGGAAAAGUAUGAUAUGUUCCAAUCCGAAGCCAAAGGUAUGCUCCAGGAUAUGAAAGCCAAAGACAAAACCGGUACAACCUACUCCCACCUCCUCGAAGUCAUCCUCCGCCUCCGCCAAGUCUGUAACCAUUGGGCCCUAGCCAAAACCCGUAUCGACAAACUCGCCGCCCUCCUAGACAAGCAGCAAGUUGUACCUCUCACACCCGAAAACAUCAAAGCCCUCCAAGACAUGCUCCAAAUCCGCAUUGAAAGCCAAGAGACCUGUCCUAUCUGCUUGGACAUCCUCGAACACCCCGUCAUAACCGCUUGCGCGCAUGCCUUCGACCGCGAAUGCAUCGAACAGGUCAUUGACCGCCAACACAAAUGCCCCAUGUGCCGCACCGAGAUUGAAAAUAACACUACGCUCGUCGAGCCAGCCGCAGAGAUGGGCGAGGGGGACACAGACGAAGCAAUCAACGCAGACCCCAAUAAUCCAAGCAGCAAAAUCGAAGCACUUGUCAAGAUCCUCACCGCGCAGGGACAGGCUGAGGGCACGAAGACUGUCGUCUUCAGUCAAUGGACCUCCUUCCUUAACCUCGUCGAACCGCACCUGGAACGCGCCGGUAUCCAGUUUGCCCGCAUUGACGGGAAAAUGACCUCACUUGCCCGUGAUAACUCCACGCACCGCUUCUCCACAGAUCCGCAAUGCACAGUCCUCCUGGCUAGUCUGAGCGUCUGCAGUGUUGGCCUCAAUCUCGUCGCCGCCAACCAGGCUGUUCUGUCUGAUAGCUGGUGGGCGCCCGCGAUUGAGGACCAGGCCGUCGAUCGCGUGUACCGGCUCGGUCAAAAGCGCGAGACGACUGUCUGGCGGCUUGUUAUGGAGGACAGCAUCGAAGACCGCGUGCUGGCUGUCCAGGGGCAGAAGCGGAAAUUGAUGCUUGCAGCUUUCAGAGAGAAAGCGAGUAAGAAGGUCGAUGAUCGUGGUACAAGGGUUGCUGACUUGGAGAAACUCUUGACUUAA